GGCUGCGGGAACGCACGCUCCUCUUGUCCUGCGCCGCGGGUCCCUUUCGGGUCGCGAGUGCGACUCGCUUCCGCCGUUUUCCCGUGGGAGCCGCGGGGGGGCCCGGGUAGGUGGUGGGGCCUGCUCGGUCCGGGCCGCGUGAUGGGCGGCGGGGCUGCUGCGCUGUUGUGGAACCAGGAGGACGCGGCCUGUUUGGGGUAAGAGCUGUCCAAUGUAGUCAUGGCUCGAGAACGGAAAUGCAUACUAUGUCACAUCGUGUACAGCUCAAAAAAGGAGAUGGAUGAGCACAUGAGAAGCAUGCUUCACCACAGAGAACUUGAAAAUCUGAAAGGAAGGGACAGCAAUCACAAGUGCCAGGUGUGCAGGGUGACAGUGGUGGGCUUGUCAGCAUAUGCCAAGCACAUCUCCAGCCAGCUGCACAAAGACAGUAUCGAUGCCCACGACAGAGAGGAAGACGAAGGGAAAGAAGAGGCUGAUGAAGAGUACUUUGACAAGGAACUAAUUCAACUAAUCAAACAAAGGAAGGAACAGAACCGGCAAGUUGAAGCUUGCUGUAGAAACCAAGAAAUAGAACCCAAUGAUAGGAGACCACAGAGAAGGCGAGAAGAAAGAGCUGUUUAUAAAGACAGAGAAACUUAUGAUCCAUCCUUGUGGCACCAUCAUGGCCCAUCUCAGAGGGACUGGAAAUGGGAAAAUGAGGGCUUUAUGAAUCCAAGGCAAGGCAAAUUCCCACAUUCUAUAAAGAACCCUAAUGCAGACCGGCACCUCAGUGAUCCCAGGGGAUGCGCAGGAUGGCAUCAAAAUGGUUCUGCAGGCCUUUCGGGUCAACAUGAUAACCAUGGGAAUUCUGGAGGUGUUUGGCAUCCAAAUGCAGGAGGAGAAAUGUCAAAAUGGUAUCAAGAUGUCAAAGGAAGAAAUCCCAACUGGCAUUCUGAAGGAACAGGUGACUUUUCUAUUUGGAAUUCUAAAAACUCACCAAGAAACUGGAAAUUCAGUCUUCAGGGUGCAAAUGGCUGGAAUGUUGGUGGUACAGGGGACGCACAUCCACUGGGAAGAAAUAGGACUGGAAAUUCUAGUCCCCACACAGAAUUUGGGAGUGUUGCAUGGAAAAAAACCCCCAUUCAAUAUAAUCAGGAAAGGUAUACACGGCAGUGGCAGGCGAAUGACCAAUUGGAUUUUACUAGUGAUAAACUCCCUCCAGUGGGGGCACUGGAUUUCAGUAUUUCUGAACAACCAGAGAGUAAAAUGUCCAAGAUGAAUGGAAAGAGUGGCAGCACUUCCAAAGAUAAAAUUCAUCGCUGGACUCCUUACCCCUCCCAGAAAGCUACAGACCAGCAGCCAUGGUCUGAAGAAAAUGUUCCUAAAACUUCAGAGAAAAAAGAUUCUGUAUCUGUACCUUUUCUCAAGACACCCAUGAAAGGGAUGGAUCUUGAAAUAGAUACAACAAGCCUCCCAAAACUGAUAACGUGGGAAGAGACCUUUUUAAACCAGCCCUGUUACAAGGCCACUGCUGACCAACUUGAAUCUUGCAAGGUGAAUGCGGACUGCCCCAGUGGAGGAAGAUCUGACCAAGAGGAGGGCAGAAGUAACAGGAUGCCAUCACUGAAAUCCUCACUCCUGGUUAUUCCAGACACGAAGUUAUCUUCCCAAAAGCAAGACCCAAAGAAUCUCUUGAAAAAUGUCAAGCUUCUAUUAUCAUCAUCCCCUGGAGAACUCCAGAACCAUUCGAAUGCACUAAACUUAGAAACUAACCGGUCCUCUUCUUAUGUAUCCAAGUUGCGCAGUGCUUGUAGCUUAAGAGGUAGCAGAGAUAUGCUUGACAGAAAUCAGAGACAGCCUAUUGAUAGCCUAAGUGAAGAACUACAAAAAGCCAAAGAAGAGUUGCAAUCCAAUCUUUCUCUGCAAAAUCCUUACUUAAGUUCAUACAGAGAUACAGAGAGUGAUCUAAAUGGUGGUCGGAAUAUAGAGGAACCCAGGAAAGGUUCUUCAAAGACUAAUGAGCCUAGAGUUGGUACAUUAGAGGAUGUAAGUGAAGAGUGUGAAAAGGCUGAAGCAAGGGUCGAAAAGCUACGUCCUUUUAUUAAUAAUUGUUCACCGUGUGACCCUCAGGAGUGUGAAUAUGCUACUACCAGAAAGGAAGGUGACACAGAAGCAUCAGGCAAAGUUCCCAAUUCAAGUAUUGUAACUGAGAAGCAAAAAGAUUCUGAAUUUCAAAUGGAGUCAGUGAACCCAUCAAGCCUUCAAAACAAUUUAAGUGAUGAGUUGAAAACCUCUCAGGAAGGGAAAGGUGAAGAUCCUAUCAAAUCAAAUCAUCAUUUUGAUAUGGAAGGCUUUGAAGACAGUUUAGAUCAUGAACUGCAAAAAGGAGGUGGUGGCCAACCUUCAGGCCCUCUUCUUCCUGAAUUAAGUAAACUUGGCCUCCCUGCUUCCCUCCAAAGAGAUCUGACACGACAUAUCAGUUUGAAGAGUAAAAUUGGGGCACAUCUUCCUGAGCCCAACCUCAACAAUGCACGGCGUAUUCGAAAUGUUAGUGGUCAUCGAAAGAAUGAGACUGAGAAGGAGUCUGGACUUAAACCAACCCUGAGGCAGAUUCUUAGUGCAUCCCGAAGAAACAUAAACUGGGAACAGGUCAUUCAGCAAGUAACAAAGAAGAAACAGGAGCUUGGCAAGGGUUUACCAAGAUUUGGCAUAGAGAUGGUACCCCUUGUUCAGAACGAACAGGAAGGUCUUGAUUUGGGUGAAGAACCUGAGCUGUCCAGCCUAGAAGGAUUCCAAUGGGAAGGGAUUUCCAUUGCAGUAUCUGGAUCAGCUAGGAAACGCAGCCUCUCCGAAAGCAGUGUUGUGGACAGGACUGCUUCUGUUUAUGGCUUCUUCAGUGACCAAGCCACAACAAAGGAAAGUGAGCAAAAGCAAAUCAUUCCAGCCUGCCAUUCACAUUUUAUAGCACCUGUAUAUAAAACAAGUGCUGAUAAUGUGGCCGACUUCAAACAAGAGACAUCCUCUCUCCCCUCAUCACCAUUCAUGUCUGAAAUAACUGAAACUAUUAUCAACGGAAGGAGACACAGCCUACAUACUCCCUCUGAUGUUACAAGCCUCACAGUAUUUACCACAAAACAAGAUCAGGAGAGCCCAGAAUGUAGAAUACCACUUCUUGAAAACAAAAAUGCAUUGGAGCUCACAGGGGAAGGAAACAUUUUGGCUUCAAAUGGAGCUUCAGUGCAUGCAGGAUCAAACUGUGUAGAUGCAGCUACAGACAGCAGCUGUACAUCUGGUACUGAGCAGAAUGACAGCCAGGGAAUUGGAAAGAAAAGAAGAGCAACUGGAGAGGGAUCGUCUCCUGAAAUCCCGAGUCUAGAAACAAAGAAUAAAAGAAGGAAAAUUAAGGGUAAAAAAGAGCGUUCUCAGGUAGACCAGUUGUUGUCUAUUUCCCUGAGAGAAGAAGAGUUGAACAAGUCACUGCAUUGUGUGGAUGACCGCCUCUUGCAGGCUCGGGCUGCUCUGCAGGCAGCUUAUGUUGAAGUUCAACGAUUCCUUGUAUUGAAACAGCAGAUAACAAUGGAGAUGAGCGCAUUGAGGAGUCAGAGAAUUCAGAUCCUGCAGGGGCUACAAGAAACCUAUGAACCUCCUGAGAGGUCAGAACAGCUCACCUGCAGCAUCUCAGAUGAAAGAAGAAUUAGCAGAUCCGUGACAACAGCUGAUCUAGCUCUUCCUCCUUCAGGUCACUUCUUUCCCCUUCUGGAGACUUCUUCAUGUCUCUCCUCCCAUACAUCCCCUUCUGGUACUCCCUUGGGAUCCUCUCUCCGAGUGAGCACCCCUCCUGUGUUCCAAACCCCUAGUACUAUCACAGCCAGCACUGUUCCUGAUUCAUCAAUGCAAAUUAAACAAGAACCUAUGUCUCCAGAGUAUGGAGAAGAAAGUGUGAAUACCGUGCUCCAUGGCUCUGUGUGUACUGCACAAGCAGAACUGCAGCAGAGGGAUGUAGAUAUCAGCCAGAAAACUUCUGUGUAUCCAGUUAUCUCCGCAAUUAUGUCCUUGUCAGAGCUGACUACUUGUUUCCAGCAGACUAAUCAAGAUGUUCACAAGCCUGCUACAGAUAAGGGGCAGACCAUACUAUCUGGGAACCCUUCCCCUUCACAAUCGCCGUCUACUCUCAACAAACACAAAGGGGCGAUUGAAACUCUGACUGAAAUCACCUUACCAGAACAGCGGAGCAGCUCCCUUGCAAAUCAGUCUCUCUCUUUAGAAACACCUUUGGACAAAGAUCCCAAACUACCAGCAGAACAGCCUGAACAUCCAGCAGAAUCCACUCUGGUCUCUGCAGAGAACAAAGGGAAAAAGAGAAGGAAAAAGCUAAGGAAAAAGAAAACAUUGCGAGCAGCCCAUGUGCCUGAGAACAGCGACACCGAACAGGAUGUUAUUGACUCUAAACCUGUUAGGAAAGUCAAGAGCGGGAAGGUGCCCACUGGGGGAAAGGUUACUACAUCCACCCUUCCAAGACAGGAGGAUAGGGGCACUCAUGAAGUAGACAGGAAUAAAGAUGAUAAUGAGAGUGAUGCCUCUCUGGAAUUAGUAGAAACUGCAAACCCCCAGUUGGAGGUGGUGGCCAUCAACUCAUCAGAGUCAGGAGAUGAGAAACCAGACAGCCCAUCUAAGAGGGACACCAUGAAAUCCUCGGAGCAAACUUUAAUGGAGGCUUCUCGCUCUGGUUAUGAUGAAGUGAGCUCCACCAGUGAAAUUGGCACAAAUUAUAGGGAUGGCAUCAAUGGAAGUAUGGCUGAGACUCUCCCUUCUAUAUCACCAAUGAGAUGUUCAAAGAACUCCUCAGAAGUGUCUUCAGAGCCAGGUGAGGAUGAAGAACCUACGGAGGGGAGCUUUGAGGGACACCAAGCUGCAGUGAAUGCUAUUCAGAUAUUUGGGAGCGUGCUUUACACCUGCUCAGCAGACAAAACUGUCCGUGCCUACAAUCUGGUUAACAGGAAAUGUGUGGGUGUCUUUGAAGGACACACUUCCAAAGUGAACUGUCUUCUGGUUACUCAAACAAAUGGGAAGAAUGCAGCCCUCUACACUGGCUCUAGUGACCACACAAUCAACUGUUACAAUAUCAAGACCAGGGAGUGCAUGGAGCAAUUUAAAUUGGAAGACCGAGUGCUCUGUCUGCAUAGUAGAUGGCGAAUCCUGUAUGCAGGCCUGGCAAAUGGCAGUGUGGUCACUUUCACCAUAAAGAACAACAAGCAAAUCGAUACCUUUGAAUGCCAUGGCCCUAGAGCAGUCAGCUGUCUAGCCACGGCUCAGGAAGGAGCACGCAAGUUGUUGGUAGUGGGGUCCUAUGACUGUACCAUCAGUGUGCGGGAUGCUCGAAAUGGACUGCUUCUCCGAACUCUUGAAGGUCAUAGCAAAACAAUACUCUGUAUGAAGGUUGUGAAUGAUCUGGUGUUCAGUGGCUCCAGUGACCAAUCUGUCCACGCCCACAAUAUACAUACAGGGGAGCUGGUACGAAUCUAUAAAGGCCAUAAUCAUGCAGUAACUGUUGUGAACAUCCUAGGGAAGGUGAUGGUAACUGCUUGCUUGGAUAAAUUUGUCCGUGUUUAUGAGCUACAGUCUCAUGACCGUUUGCAAGUCUACGGAGGACACACAGAUAUGAUCAUGUGUAUGACUAUUCAUAAGAGCAUGAUCUACACUGGCUGCUACGAUGGCAGCGUCCAAGCGGUGCGGCUUAACCUGAUGCAGAAUUACCGUUGCUGGUGGCAUGGAUGUUCACUGAUAUUUGGAGUUGUGGACCACCUGAAACAACACUUGCUAACAGAUCACACCAACCCACAUUUUCAGACCCUAAAAUGUCGCUGGAAGAACUGUGAUGCCUUCUUCACUUCCAGGAAAGGUUCCAAGCAGGAUGCUGCAGGACACAUUGAAAGACAUGCCACGGAUGACAGCAGAAUCGACUCAUGAAGCUUUUCACUUCCCAUAUUGGGAAGUAAUUUUGUACAUCAGAACUAUUCCAUGCAUCAUUCACCUCUUGUCCCGUCCUCUUUCCUCCUCCUUUUCCUCCUUGGAGUGGAAAAAGGGAGUGGGGCCUAACUGCCGUACUACAGAGACUGCAUGUCACAUGCAACUCUGUAGAAAUGGGAGCGGCCCAUUAACACUCAGACCAAACUGUGUUCAGUUUUUUGUCCAGUUUUUAUUCAUCAGAAGACACUACGAGCAUCCCCUCUUGUCUGCCCAUUUGAAGAAGUGCAUUCUGUGCGUCUAAGAUCAGGCAUUCAGAGGGGUAUUCUGACUGAGAUAAAACUAGCUGCCAGCAUUCAAUAACUCACCUUCAAAUGUGCAAGGAUUUAACCAAGGCGCGAGUAGUGUUCAGCUGUUUCAUGUUGUAUGCAAAUCCCACACAUAUUUUCAUUUUUUAGCCAAUUUUAAUAAAAUAUUUCUAACUAGAAAGACACAAGUUCCACAGAGAGUUAGCACUGAAUUUCCAUUACAAAUGUUGGCUGUCCUCAUAAAACUAUACAGUAUUUUAAUGGGAAACUGGAAUGAAGUGGUUCCUUUUUUUUAAUGUUAACUGCAAUUUAUGCUUUGACAUUUUGAUUAUUCUUUGUUUAAAGGUUGCUCUGAUUGGUAAAAUGCACAGUGACUGACUGGAUUUCACUGUCCUGCACAUUACAUUCUCUAAGGAGAUUUGUGAUGAGGGCAGACACUUUUUUUGAGGUGUUGCAGCCGCAAAGCAGCCUGACUUCUUCCUUCAUACACCCACUCAGUGAUCUCUAACAAAUUAAAAGACUAGGGACCUUAGUGGCAGACAGUACAGAGAGUAAUGCCAGCUUUGUAUUUUGCAUUUUGACAACCACUACUGUCUUGAUACAACACCAGAGCUGGAUUCCUGAUUUCUGGUAGUUUAUUUUGGUGGAUUUCAUAACUUAUUUUAGUUGAGAUUUCACACAGAAUGUUGUUGACUGGCACUGCAAUCCUGACUCUUUAUGGAAAGUCAGUUUACUGAGCCGAUGCACAGGCACCACAUGUCUGAACACAGCCAUUUUGGUGUUGCUCAGUUUCCAGUAUAAACUGACUUUAUUUGUAUCCGCUUCGCAAUCACUCGAGUUUAUCAUGGAAGUGUGCAACAGAGAGCUGCUGGGUGUGGAGCAGGAUUUUAGAUUCCAAGGAUCUCAAGCAGAAGCUGAGGGUACAAAGUGCAUAUCAUCUGUAGAAGACUUCAUUCUACGAAUGCUUUUAAGAUACCGCAAACUGCCAUAAAAGGAAGGCCAUGCUUGUUUCUAGUGGUCUGAUUUGCUCCUUACUUACUCCUGAGGGGGACUGAAAUCUCAUUUGUCCAGCAGGUACUGAAAAAUAGAAAAAGCUGUUUGUGGGAUUGGUCCCUCCCCACCUCCAUCCUUUCCCCCUUCCGCACACACCUUCUAGGUGAUGAGACUAAGUGAAGGUAGCAAAGUGUGAUCUUCCCUCCCUUUUAAUAUCAUCAGCUCAGUACAGGAAAGUAAGAGUUAUCACUAGAUGUGCAAAGAAGGCAAAAAGAAACCUAGUGGCAGAAACUGCUUUUUUCCUAGGCAAGUCCAGAACCUGCUGAAGAGGUUGAAUAUGCUCAGUGUUUCAUCUGGUGUCUCUUCAGUUACUGAGGUCAAGGUUUAAAUAUUCCUAAUUCAGAUUAAUGUAAUGUUAUAGCCUUGCUUUUUGGUAAUGGAGAAACUGAAGUGAUUGAGGAAAGCCUGCCACGUACUCUGCCCUGCUACUAAAUCAAAGAGUCUCUGAACAUCAUCCUUUUAUGUUGUCUGGCAGAGGGGUGAGAAAUCUUUGUAGUUACACAAAAUCAGUAUUUUUCUUGUAUCUCUUUAACUUUAGCAAUGGAAUAAAGUGCCCACCUUGUUUCCUGAGCUGUAGGAGUCCUCAUGGUUGAAAGACUUUUAAAGAAAUAGGUUCUUAAUAUAUUGAUAAGUUUUUUUUCUUUUGUGAAAAGACUUCUCCAAAGAAAAGCAGAGAAUUGCACCGGGAGCCUUGAUGUUGUUGCUGUGGCCUAAGGAUGGAGUACUUUAAGUGCCAGUCUAAUUCAAGGAGCUCGCUGAGCAGUGUAUUUUUUGUGUGUGCAUGGUGGGAUUUUUUGGCAACUCAGUCUUAAAACAGAAGGCUGUGGAAGGCUUACAAAACACCUCCUAAACCACUGACAUUCAGGAGCUUUCACACAAUAGGAAAGUGGCAUGCAAAGGUGUGGAAGAAACAAUGUGAAUUUUUUAGGAUAUUCUUAGCAGAAUGUGAUUUGAAGUGAAGGUACAGAGCCAUGUGUAUUAAGGACAAGCUUGUGGAGUGCAUUCUGAGGACUGGUGUGUGUGUGUGUGUGCAUUUUGUUACUUUUCCUUGUGGUACUUUUGCACUGUUUCCCCAUUUCUUUAAUAUGUUGGGAGACUGUCAAUGACUGUGUUUGCAAGAAUGUGUGAAUGUUGUUUUCACUAUAUUAAGUAUUGCAAGGUAUGCCGUUCUCACACUUUUCAUUUGUGUUCCUGACUACUUUAUAAGGGUGUGUGUGAGGUGGUGGUGGGGGGGGGUUGUGGGAUGUUUUUGUUUUUAUUUAGUUAGAUGAGAACGAACAAAGAUUUCCAACUCUUUUUAGUUCAUUUCAAGACAUCUGAAAUAUUUUCUUUGGUUAACUUUUUUAAACUGUCCUCCCAGUGUAGUUGAAAUUGAUGAAAUGUAGCCUUCUAUUAUGCCAGAAGGAGAGAACUAACUGUGAUUCCCAUCUGGGUGCCUAUGUUUGGUAGCUUACAAAGAAACAGAUGUUGAUUAAAUAUUAGAAUUAGUGGUGGUCAGGGGAAAUUAUGUAGGUGGAUGAGUUUUAAAAAAGUUUUAGCAGAGUCCUAAGCCACAAAGCUAUCAUGAAGAUCUGAACUUCCCCAAAGUUGAGGGGCAUUUUGAUAUGGGGUUUAGUUUUUGGCCCAUCUGUAUUAUCCACUUUCCUACCUGCUCAACUGGAAAUCUGGGUGGAUUUAAUUAAUGACCACGUAGUUCUUCCAGGCACUAAGAAAAUUGCAGGGACAGUAGUUGAUAAAUUAAUUUUUCGUUAGGGCUUUAAAUUUAAAAUCUGGGUUUAUUAGGCAAAUUUGGUCCCCCAUCCCUGAAUCCACACAGGAGUCUGACAUCUGGCAUCCCUCCACUCAAAGAAGAACUAGAAAUUGUCUUGGGAAAGGGGAAUAUUUGUUGAAAGAAUAGAUGUCUCUAGGAAAGCAAUACUACAUAUCUGAAGCAGUGUUCAAGACUGUUUUUAUUUGGCUUUUCUUGAAAGGAAAGAGUUAAAAAUAAAUAGAGAAAAGUGGGGCUUUGUUUUUAUGUCAUUUUUCUUAUAUAUUGGAUAAGGGCUGUGUAUGGUGUAUAACUAAAAUAUGAAGGUCUUCUUGGAGUGCAUAGCACCACUCCCCCCUGCUGCUGCCCCCCCCCCCCAAAAAAACAACCAAUACUGAUAUUUGGCUUAUGCCAUGAUCAUGUUUAGUGGAUGUAAGUGAUCAGAACAUGAUCGUGUUGUGGUAACAUAGGAAAUAGGUUAUGUAUCACAGAAGAUAAUCUUCAGGAAACCUUUCCACUGUAAAUUUUUUUUUUUUUAAGAAGAAUCUGUGAAUUCUACAUGAUGUUCGCCUACUCCACCUCCAGUCACAAGGAGGAGGGAAUAAAUGGAGUAGCUCUAAAAAGUUUUAUGUCAUCUUCUAGCUAUAUCCCGAAUUAGAACUUAUUUGUUCUCAGAAAACAGCAAUCCAAUUGGUAGAUACAUUAUCAGUGUUAUUGCUUUUCAGUCAUCGUUUCCCCUCCCAAUUGCAGGGCUUUAAUGGAAGAAAUGGUAGCUAGUUGAUGAUGGUUUAGUGUUUCUCACUCCCCCUCGCCCCCCAAGACGCCUUAAUUAAUGAGCUGUGGUCAGUAAGGGCCAUUUUCGAGGUAGAUGGGGGAUUUUUCCACCCAUGGCAAAAGAAAACCUUUUCAAUUCAUUGAUACAAAAAUGCAUUAAAUACCCCAGCUUCUGUUUGCCUUCUUGUGGCAAGUGUUUAGAAUGCAGACUUCAAAAAUGUGUGGUCAAAAUAUAUGAUGAUAAAUGGAAUUUGUUGUCAAAGCCUGUUGUGAAACAGCACACGUGUAAGAUUUUCUGUGCAUAUUUGCAGACCUUCACACUGCUGGAUCAAAAUAAACAAAGAAAAACAACAAAACAUAUAAAUGCAAAUCAAGUUCUAGCAAACAUUAGAUUCUUGUGGAUAAAUCUGUGCUCAUGACAGGAUGACUUCCCUUUUGUGACUAAACACAAAUACAAGAUGAAAUUUAAGAUGUUUUCAGGUAUGUAUAGUACUACUGCCUGGACAUAGUCUAGAUAGUCCCAAAUUGUAGAAUAUGCAAGCAAGAUUAUUGAAAUAGUUUCAGUUAUUGUUUGUAAACUAUUUAUUAGUAAAAAUAAAGAGCAAUCUGUGUAGGUAACGUGUUUUUAAUAUGUGCCUGCCAGCUUCUCCAACUUCAUUUUGUUACAAAUGUUAAACCUAGUCUUUGGAAGAAUGAAAGUGAGAUAAAAUAAUGUGGCUGUUUAGUAUUUCCUAAGUAAAGCUGUGUGGAUCAUGUGCACAGAAUGACUUGGCCUUUCCUCUUUCAUUUUGGUGCAAAGCUGUGAACAUAUUAAUGGAACUUUAUAAAGCAAAACAAAAAAAAAGGAAAAAAUAAAAGUUCUUUAUACUAAGA